ACAAAAAAAAAUUGCGAAAAUCUCCCUCUUUUAGGCGCGCUCUCUUUCUCUCUCUCCUUGAGCUAAAAAAGAGAGUGUUCUCAUGGACAUUCAUCUUCCAAAGGCAUCCCAAAAGAACAAAAGCAUGGCGUUCUCCUUCUGCUGCUUCCAAAACCAUCUCAAGAGCCCCUCCAAAUAAAAGGGGAACAAGAAAAGGGGGAAGAAAAAGAGAACACUCUUCGGAGGGUUCUUGCAAGUGAGAAAGCCCCUGCAUUUCUUGCCUUCCAGAGUGAGAGAAAGGAGGGAGAGAGAGAGGGGAGGUAUUGCAGCAAUGGGUGGAGUCACUUCAUCCAUGGCGGCGAAAUUCGCCUUCUUCCCGCCGAACCCACCUUCCUACCGGAUAAUUACGGACCAUGCCACCGGGCUCUUGCUCCUGGACUGCUUCCCCCACCGCGAGAACGUCGACGUCCUCCGCCUGACGACGCGGCGGGGCACGGAGAUCGCCGCCGUGUACGUGAGGUACCCCAUGGCCACCUCCACGCUGCUCUACUCCCACGGCAAUGCCACGGACAUUGGCCAGAUGUACGAGCUCUUCGUUGAUUUGAGCAUCCACCUCAAAGUUAAUCUCAUGGGGUACGACUAUUCUGGUUACGGGCAAUCGUCGGGAAAGCCAAGUGAGAACAAUACAUAUGCAGAUAUUGAAGCUGCAUUCAAGUGUCUUAAAGAGAAUUACGGUGCUAAGGAGGAAGACAUCAUUCUUUAUGGCCAGUCAGUUGGAAGUGGGCCCACUGUGGAUCUCGCAGCUCGCUUACCUCGUCUAAGAGCUGUUGUUCUGCAUAGUCCAAUUCUAUCUGGGUUGAGGGUCAUGUACCCUGUCAAACGCACAUAUUGGUUCGACAUCUACAAGAAUAUUGACAAAAUCCCGCUGGUGAAGUGUCCAGUGCUGGUUAUCCACGGAACAGCAGAUGAAGUAGUUGAUUUCUCUCACGGUAAGCAACUAUGGGAACUGUGUCAGGAGAAAUACGAUCCCUUGUGGCUCAUAGAUGGAAAUCAUUGUAACUUAGAGGCGCACCCAGAGUACAUCAGACAUCUUAAGAAGUUCAUAUUAACAGUCGAGAAAUCACCUUCUCGAAGGAGUAGUUCAAGGAAAAGCAUAGACGGGGUGGAGCAUUCGAGGAGGAGCACAGAAUAUUUUGAUGCUCCAAGGAAGAGUACCGACCGGAGGGAGAAAUCAAGAAAGAGUACAGACAAGCCCGAAAAGCUUAGAGUGCCAAACCACAAGUACAGUAAUGUGGAGAGGCCAGAUAAGUUUAGAAUACCCUUUGACCACGUGGAGAGAUCUCGGAGGAGUGUGGAGUUUUAUGAGAAACCCCGAAGGAGUAUCGACCAGCAGGUCGAAAAAGGGCGCAAGAGUGUCGACUGUUUGGACAGAUUCCGUUCUGGGUAAGCUGUUCGGAACUGUUUUUUUUCGCUUCAUUUUUCUUUUAUUGGUGUUGGGUGGGACUAAGUUGAGGUGAAAAGAUUGGUAUAGAAACAGAUAGACAAAACAGAGAGGGCAUCACUGGGAUUUAACCUUUGAUUCAUUGGUUUGGCAUUUGACAUAUAAUGUUUUAACCACCUGUACUUUUACUUCUAUUUGGGAGUCCCUUUCAAGACAGAUUGAUUGUACUGCGGUCUUUGGUGUGAUGGAAUGGAAACUCUUUGCAUAGAGAAGCUUACUUCUGAUGA